CAACCCGGAGCCAGCGGGCCACAUCUGCCAGGAGAUGGCAGCAUCGGGCGCAAAUAACCAACGCGCGUAGGGCUGGAGAUACAGUAUGUAUUUAUUGAGGCUAUGUCAGCGGUGAGAAGAAGCAGCAACAAAACAAAACCAAAACAAAUCCCCGCAGAGAAGCUUUAACGAGAAGGCUGCGAGAGUGCGGGAACACGGAGGGAAGUUUGACCGCAUUCAGCGGUUCUGAUCGGCGGGGUAGCGGAGAGGGAAACGACGCGGCACCGAUCCAGGGCGUUGAUGUUAGGACAGACGGCCAACUGAGAAACAUCGUCCCGCACUCGGUUGGCGCGAGGGAUUUAAGCGACUGAUCUUAAGGAGUGAAGUAUACGCGGAGAGGAGGGCAGAGAUCCAGGCAGAGUUGGCGACAGCCUCGUCCACAGCCCUGCCUUUAUGAGCAUUUCAGUUUCCUUUGUUCUUCUGGCCAACCACGAGAGCCGGUGCAGGAUUUAAUAUAAACACUACAUCAACAGUGAUCACUGGAGCGCCCCCUUAAGUCUUUUCCCGGGGCCUUGCAGCGGAGUAAACUCUCCGAAGUAAUUUCCUUAUCUCUGCUCUGAGGAAGCGAGCCGAUAAACUCGGCACAAUUCAUGUUACCCCGAGGGGGCUGAAAAGAAGACGGCCUGCCCGGACCCUCCGGAGGAUCUGUCAUCAACUUCAGGAAACUUAGGAGUUUGAAACUCUGGCUGCGGCACACGGGAUGGGGAACAAAAACUCCAUUCCUCCGAGAGGUCCUGAAGGGGAAAUGACUCAAAAAGAGGAUGCAGCAUUGAUCAACUGUGCCACAGGCGGCGUCUCCUCAGACGAAGCUCAGAGGAUCAGCCCAGAGCUGCUGGCGGCCCUGCAAUCCCUUGGAGAAAACGAGGACUACACUCUCCUGCCGCACUCCCUGCACCAGGUUGCGGAGACCUACUCACUGAAGCAGGACUACCAGUGGGCCAUUCAGUUUCUACAGCUGGAGAAGCUCUACCAUGAACGGCUGCUGUCCAACCUCGCAGCCCUGCAGGAGAAAUGGGAGAGUGAGUUUAAUGAGAAGAAGGGCACUGAGAGUCCGACGCCUCCCGACACAGACAGCAUCAGCAUCAGUCAGAAACAUAUUGAGAAGCUGAGCCACAUCUGCAGGACACACCACAGACCCUCCCUCAACCCGGACCAGCAGACAAACCUGAACGCAGCACUCAAAGACCCUCAGAGCAGCACGGAUACUCCGCAGCCUUGUCUCGAUAAAGCCGACAAGCCAGAGACCGAACAAGGCGCUGCAGAGGGAGAAAAGAGCGUGACCUCCCAGUCCGAGUUUUCCUCACCACCCAUGGAGGAAGAGGAAGAGCGGCGGGAAGAGGGGGAAGAGGCGUUCGAGGAAGGGCAGGAAGUAGACGCUGGGGAGCAAGCGGUGCGCGGUGAGGACACACCGGAGGAAGAGGAGGUGAAGGUGGAGUGGCCGGCAGGAGUAGCGCAGGCCUCGGACAAAGACCUGGCCAAACUCUCCAACACGGAGGGGAGCUCCUCCCCAGAUGGUCUGGUCUCCAUUCUGAAGAGGAGGCGAGCCUCCCUUGACGGGCUUCCUCCCCCGAGCGACGGUGCCGAUAAGCAGAGCGGCAAACGCAAAGUUCGCUUCAGCGAGCCAGAGGACGGCAUAGACCAAGAUGAGGUUGGAGGGGAUUCCUGUCUUAUCCUGCUGCUGCUGUGCCUGGCCACUGUGGUGAUCAGCAUAGGCGGGACCGCGCUCUACUGCACUCUGGUGGACACUUACUCCAACAUCUGCACCGACUUCACUCAGAACGUCGACUUCUACGUCUCCAACGUGCGGGGCUUCCUGGAAGGCCUCGGACAGUGGCUGCCCCUGGGGACUUAGGCCCGGCUGGGUUUCAGACGCGUUGGCUGUGACGCAACAGACUUGGGUAACUGGGUAACAGGACGCUUGACGGGCUCCCCAGCACCAGCCAUGACCUUUUUGCUGCUUCCGUCAGAGAGUCUGAACAAGUGCAUCUCACUGUUUACCAGACCUGCACAAACAGUGCCUCGCAAAAGCAUUCACAACUGUGAACCUUUCUGGAUUUUGAUCAUAUUACAGCCACUAACUUGAGUGAAUUUUAAUGGGAAUUUAUGUGACAGAAUGUGAAAGAAACACGAGUUAAAAGAUUCUGGCGAAUACAAAGCGGGAAGUCCAGUUUAGCCCAUCUAGACGUUAAAAUUGUUGAAGUCUUUCUACAAAUGGUCAUUGGGCUUUAGGUCCAGACUUUGACUGGGGCAUUCUAACAUCUGCACUAAUCUAAACCACUUCAUCGUAGCUAUGGGGGUAGGUUUCUGUCUUUUUCCUGUGGGAAUUUGAAGCUCAACCCCAGUCUUUUGACGCCUCUAACAGGUUGUCUUCACAUAUUGAUCCAUCAGCUCUGAAGACAAGCAUCCCCUCAGCAUGAUACUGCCUGCACCAUGUUUUUGUGUUCGUUUUUUUCCACUCAUAGUGUUUUGCAUGUAAGCCAAUAAGUUUAAUUUUAAUUUCAUUUGGUCAGAACAUGUUUUUCCCCCCUACAUGUUCGCUUUGUCCCCCUGCGUGGCUUGGGGUAAACUACAACAGGACGUCUUACCUCUUACGACAUGGUGAAAGGCAGACUAGUGCAAAUGCACACCACAGUUUUCAGAUUUUUAUUUGUUUUAAAGCUGUGCACCGUUUUCCUUCCCCUUCACAGCGACGUACCAGUACAAGUUUAUGCAAAUAAAAUACGCUGAGAGGUUGUGUUCGUUUUGUGACAAAGUGGAGAAAAGUUCUAUGGGUAACUUUUGCAAGGCACUGGAACUGAACAGGUGCUCAACCUGUCAACACGGACGAAGGAAAACAUUUAGAACCACCAGUGAUGUAAAUAUUCUGUAACUGGGCCGCCACACAGGAGGGACGGACAGUCUCCGUUAUGUUCAGAUUAAAACAGAAGACGUCGACGUUUCCCGUCUCUCCCCACACACAUUUGUAAAAGUUGAUUCACGUGUGACCAUUAGAUUUAGAUGUUGGAAAAGCUUGCCUCGAGGAACAGCCAAAUCACAUUUCUGGUGAUUUUUUAAAGGGUUAUUUCACCAAUCAGGAUCAUUUCUUUUAUAUAGAUUUCAGCUUCAACCUACCUCUCGUCAGAUCAGGUUUGACUCUCCUGGAGGAGAAGAAGAGGGAAAGAUGUCGAUUUUGUUCUUUUGCGUCAUCGCUGACAGCAGCUGCUCUUACUUGCAUCCUUUCCUCCUUACAGAUACGUAGUUCUGACAUUCCUCCUAAAAUAAUCUUGUUUUGCUAUUGGUAUGGAAACAUUAUACAGACCUUACAAAAUGAGUCAUCCCCUUAAACCUUUUCAGAUUGUGUCAUAUUACAGCCACAAACAUCAGUGCAUUUCGCUGGUGUUUAUGUGAUAGAUCGACCUAAAGUUGUGCAUUCUUUGUAGAACCACCUUUCGCUGCAGUCCAGAUGUAUUGGGGUGUUUCUCUUUCAGCGUUGCACUUCUACAGAAUGACAUUUUUGCCCAUUCUUCUUUGCAAAAUAGCUCGUCUAAGUAAGGUGGCAUGGAAAGCAACUGCAACAUUGGUUUUCAAGUCUUACCAAAGAUUAUCAAUAGCAUUUAGGCCUGGACUUUGACUAGGCCAUUCUAACACAUGAAUGUUCUUUGAUCUAAACCAUUCCAUUGUAGCUCUUUCUGUAUGUUUAAGGGUUGUUGUCCUACUGCAAGGUGAGCCCAUUGAAGUCUUGCAGCCUCUAACAGGUUUUCCUCCAGGGUAGUCCAGUUUUAGCUUCUUUCGCAUACUUAGUGUGUUUUGGUUUCAUGGUUAUGUCUCAAUCUACAACACUAAACGGCUAGAUGUGCAUCAGGAGUGAUCAGUUUGCACAUAGAGGAUCAAUGGUGUUAAAUGGGAAAAGAUGGCAUUUGCUAGUCAGAAUAACUUGAUGGUCAACAUGGUUUUAACCACCGUGCGGCACUUUGACUGAAAUAUAUUCCACCUUCACGUUACUUCAACAGAAUCGUUUUUCUGAAAAUUUCUCUCGCUUCCAAAACUCAGAUUUGUAUGAACUAGUAGAAAGUUUGAUUAUGUCCAUUAAUACAGUAUGUGCACCACAAUCGUUUACCUCUCAAUGUUUUUAUAAGGUUUGUUUUGAUUUUCCACAGUGCAUCACUUUCAUUGUAAAA